AUGCCGAUGGUAGCGGAGCCUCACCGCUCUCCCCCCACGAAGGGGCCGCCGGCACCCCGUACCGGGGGAGCGGCCGUUCCGGCCCCGCCGCCGGCCGGGCCCACUCCCCACCCCGCUCGGGUCCCCGGGGAUCCGCGCCAACUCCUCACCUGCGCCCGACUCUCCCCUCCGGGUCGCCGGCCCUUUAACAGCCGCCACGCUCCUAUUGGGCGAGCUGAGUGCCUGUCAGCCCUUCCUGCGCGCCUAUUGGCGGUCUCUGUCCGCCGCUUCCCCCCGCCAGCCCCGCCCCUCGCCGCCCCGACGCGCCAGGCGGGACGGAAUCCCCCCACUUACGCCGGGAACGCGGCAACCCCUGGCCCAGCGGGGCCUCCGCCGUGCGCAGCCCCCAGGCAGCACUGGCUGCAGCGGCUGCUUGUCUUCCUAGUGCCUGCCGUGAGCUUCCGGUGGCGGGGAUGGCGGCGGCUCACGGAGGAGCCAGACGGGGCGGUCCCGCCCGCUUUGUCUGAGGGGGCGGUGCGGGCGGGCGGGCCCUUCUCCGCGGCGGCCUCGAAGCGAGGGCGAAGCUCUGUCUGCCGGCGCAGCGGGCCCUGCCUGAGGGAGCGGGUUGGGCCCGCCGGCCUUUCCGCGGCCGCGUAG